AUGACUAAUAUUAAAAAGCUUUUGAAGAUACCUUACAGCAAAUCUCAUGUCAGCAUGGCAGUACAUCGUGUUGGGAGGACACUCCUAAUUGAUGACCUAGAUAUUCAGGAACUUUUUGUGAGGUCUUCUCAGACAGGGGAUUGGACAUGGUUAAAAGAAUUCUACCAAAGACUGGUAGAUCAAAAGUGGCAGAGAAAAAAGAAGAGCAAAGAACACUGGUAUCAGAAAGCCAUGCUUUCCAAGUUUUUAUACUACAGCAUUAAUGGUGAUGGCGCAGCUGAGCCAGUUUCUUCAUCAUCAGACGAACCAACUGAAGUUCAGUCUCCAAGAUCAUCUGAUGACUUGAACACUACUUCAUGGCCUGCACCCUUUGAAAUGUCUCCUUCUUCAGUAUCGGAAGAUGCAGACUCUUCUAAAGAGGGUCUUAAAAAUGAUUUUGUGCGUAACAUCUUGUGGACCUUUGAGGACAUUCAUAUGCUGGUUGGCUCAAAUAUGCCAAUAUUUGGUGGAGGAAGAUAUCCUGCUGUCAGCUUGCGUCUAAGGGAUAGCAACAAACCAAUUAAUGUGCUGACUGGAAUUGACUACUGGCUUGACAACCUAAUGUGUAAUGUUCCAGAGCUUGUUAUGUGUUUUCAUGUCAAUGGAAUUGUCCAGAAAUAUGAAAUGAUAAAGACAGAGGAUAUUCCCAAUUUGGAGCAUUCAAAAUUUUCUACCAAAGUUGUAAAAGAUAUUGCACAGAAUAUUUUGUCUUUCCUUAAAUCCAAUUGCACUAAAGAGGGACAUACAUACUGGCUUUUCAAAGCAAGUGGAAGUGACGUAGUAAAGUUGUAUGAUCUCACCACCCUUUGUGAAGAAGCUGCAGAAGACAAGUACCAAAACCCCUUCACAUUGCCAGUGGCAGUUCUACUUUAUAAGGUUGCAUAUAAUAUGAUGCUGAAGAAAAAUCAAAAUAGAAAACAUUAUGGAACCAUAAGAACCUUGCUGCUGAACUGUAUUAAACUUCUAGAUAAAGAAAGGCAUCCUCAGAUUCUUGCUUCUGCCAAUUUUAUGCUGUCUGAGCUGUUUCAGUUAAAUGAUCCUAAAAAGGAAGAGACUGGUUUGCUACCUAAUGGGAAUUCAGAUGAUAGUUACAGUGAAGAGGAGGAUGAGGAAAUGCCUGACAGUGAUGAAACCAGCUCAUACAGUAACGGGUCUGAUAUUGCAGAGGACAGCAAAGCAGUCGCAGUUAUUAAGUCUGUUGGAGAGCUGUAUGUACCAGAAAAAUAUAAAUCAACUCAUCAUAUACGGUCUAGCUGUGCAUUUCCAGUUUGUCAUGACACUGAAGAACGUUGUAGACUCAUUCUUGGCUAUGUCCUUGAGGGUCUAAGAAGUGUUGACAACAGUAUUGAAAGGAAUGGACAGCUUCCUUCAGCUGACCCCAACACCCCGAUCCCUCUAAAAUAUGAAGAUGAAUCUGAUUCUGGAAAUUCUUCAGAUCUUGAGAAGCAACUUUCCUUGCUUUUAGACAAAAUGGGAUUCCUUCAGGAAGACUCUGUAUUUCCAAAUCGAUCUGGAAUGGUUCCAGGUACCUGGCAGUACAAAAUGAAAUUACAGUUGAUCCUCAAGGCAUCAAAGGCUUAUUAUGUGUUAGCAGAUGCAGCCACUGGUCUUCAGAAGUAUGGAAGAGCGUUAAGAUACAUUAAAUUAGCUUUACAGUGUCAUGAUGCAUACAGCUCCCUUAGUACUAGCCUGUUUCCAGAACUGGCUUUGUUGUUGAGUAACUACUUAACACUGUGUGGGGAUAUUCAUUUGAUGCUUGCCCAGAAUGCAAAUAAUCGAGAAGCUUAUUUGGAGGAAUAUAAUUAUCAGACUAAAGAUGAUCAAGAAAUAUCGCAUAGUCUUCGUCAGGAAUCCAGUUGUCAAGCUUUCGGAUGGGCUACAGAUUUAUCAACAGACUUGGAAUACCAACUUUCUCUUAGCUGCAGGUGUUAUGAAGCAGCUCAUGAGCUCAUCCUCCAUGGGGAGCUGAAAGCUCAAAAUGCAGACCAUUACAUGCGGGUGCUGAAAAGACUUGGUAAUAUAAGGAAUGAAAUUGGAGUAUUCUACAUGAAUAAGGCAGCUACUGUGCAGACAGAAAGAGCAGUCAGCAAAGGGAUAUCCACACUGGAGAAAGAACUAUGGAAGAAAAGUUUCUCUUAUUUUGAGAAGGGGAUUCAGGACUUUGAGGCUAUUGGUGAUGCAACAAAUAUUGCACUAUUGCUGUGCAAUACAGGAAGAUUAAUGAGAGUUUGUGCUCAGGCACAUUGUGGCAUUGGGAAACAUGUUAAUCGAGGAGAAUUUUCACAUGAAGAGGCCCUCUAUUAUAACAAGGCUAUCGACUACUAUUCAAAAGCACUAAAAUCUCUUGGAAAUAGAGAGACCCAUAUAGUAGUUUGGGACUCUGUGAACUGGGAGUUAUCAACUACAUAUUUUACUUUGGCAACACUACAGCAGGAUUAUGCACCUCUGACCAGAAAAGCACAAGAACAGAUUGAAAGAGAAGUUACAGAGGCCAUGUUGAAAUCAUUGAAGUAUUGUGAUAUUCAUACAGAAUCAGCCCGACAGCCUCUUUGCCAGUACAGAGCAGCAACCAUUCAUCAUAGGCUUGCAUCAAUGUAUCAUAGCUGCCUGAGGAACCAGGUUGGUGAUGAACAACAGAGGAAGCAACAUAAAGUAUUAGCUGAGCGCCAUUAUAGUAAAGCUGUAAAACUGUUUAACACAUUGAAUGAUGCACCACAUGAGCAUCUCAGAGUGCAGUUAGAGAGAGUAGCAUUUGCAGAGUUCCAAAUGACUGGACAGAAUAGUAAUGCUGUAAAACUGAAAACUCUCUCUCGAGCUCUUGAGAUAAUGACAGAGACAAAAAGUGCCUUUCUGCUUAUUGCAAAUGAAAUAGCAGUUGAACAAGACCAGGUAAACGACAUUGAAAGAAGUACUGGUGGAACUGCAUCAGAAAGUGGCACAUCUUCCAAUGUGAAUAGAGAAGAAGUCCUAAAGCUCCUUAAUAUAUUUGAGUCUCGUCUGACUUUUUUUCUUUUACAGAUUAUUAAGCUGACCUCAGCAAAAAAGAAAACAAGUACUUCAAAUACAGAUGAAGAUUCUAUGUUGACAAACUAUAAGCAAGUAUACUCAACUUUGCUGCGUGCUGCAGCCGAGAAAAAUACAACAAUGGUACAGAGAAUCAAAACAAUAAUAGAUGCACUAAAUCAGCUAGCUCCAAAGGAACAGUCCGGUAGUGCUGGAACCCAGUAGAAAGUCUGAUGCUUCAUGGCACUAGUCUGAAAUUAUGAUCAUUUGUUAGUAAUUGGAUCCACACUUAAUGCAGUGAUCAGUACCAUAACUUUCUAUUUUAUGGGUUUUAAAAUCUUACCUUUAAUUCUUUUUUAGCUCAUUACUGGAUGGGAAUGGUGUCUGCUAGCUGCUAUCUUUUGAGUCAUAAUUCAGAAGUAUCAAGGAGUAUGAACUUAACUGUUUUCCCUCUGCAGCUAUAAGAGAUGCUUCUCUGAAGAUGAUUGGAUCUUUGCAGGGUUAAUGUGUGAAGAUGGUCUUGUUCAUCUACCUCUGCUAUACCUCUUACGUGAAAUAGCAUAUGCUGUUUUUGUACAUUUUUUUGUAACUGUAAACCCUGAUGCAGAAAAAUGAAGUAAAUGUGCCCUGUUGUAGAGGGUAUUCAAGCAAACUGAAAUCACUGUAAAUAUAGCUUGCCUGAAAUUAGGAGCAUCACUGCUUGUAUUAAUGUUCCUGACAUAUUAGAUGCUUAAACCAACCAUUCUCCAGCUAUUACAGUUACUUAUCCCCCCUCAGAUUUUAGUGAAACAAAAAUUGUAACUUAAAGCAGUUGUCCCACUCUCAUUUUGUUAGUGUACUGUAUAUUUUGUGUAGUCAUUGAACGCAGUGUUAGCUAUUAAAACAACUCUGGUAUUUGGAUCCUGCUACAAACUAGCAUCUCAUCCAGCAUUAUUACUUUGCCUUACAUCCACUACUUGCUGGGUUAGGUUACUGCCAACUAGAACUGGAUAAAGUUGGUAUUGGAGAAUGGAGAUAUAAAUAUCUCACUGAACAGUAUUUGGAAGUAGCAAGGGUGGUCAGCACAAUGCAAUCCCGAUAAAAUUACCAAUGAAUUAAUAAUUUAGAAGAUAUAUUGGUUCAGUUUAAAGCAUUCUAUGUAAAGUUAUUAGUGGACUAGUACUGGAGAAAAAAUGUAGGUUAACAGAAACUAUUCACUAUAACAUUAUUAAUGAAUCAGUAGUGUAGGUUAAAGGGAGGUUAAAAACAUACUGGAGAAAAGAAUGUAGGUAAACAGAAGCUAUUCACCAUAACAUUAUUGAUGAAUCAGUAGUGCAGGUAAA